CGCACACAUACGCGAACACUUAAAUACGUAUACACGCAUACAGUCAGGACAUUCGGCGCGGCUGAUCCGUUUCAGCUUGCCUCGAAUGAAAAAGCGGGCGUCUUUAGUAGUAGCACCACAACUUCGACUCUGGAUUGGUUCGACUACUCGAGUUAUGGAUCAAACUAUUUUCAUCUGAGCCGUUUUUUUAAUACAAGAUUUGAACUAUGCAGGAUCAAGUUUAUAAUUUCGCCUGGACCACCCAGAUAAUAGCGGCGUUCGCAGCGACGAUAAAUUCCGUUUCGGAUGGGAUCCACUACGGCUGGGCAUCGCCUGUCAUCCCGAUAUUAACAUCCGGGGAUUCCCCCAUUUCCAUAACGGAAACGGACGUGCAAUGGCUGGAACUGCUGUACAUGAUCGGCGGAAUCGCGGGUUUGCCUUUAACGAUGUUUGCGGUCGACAAAUUCGGAAGGAAAAAAUCCAUCCUCCUCGCUUCAGCUAACAAUCUGCUUUCCUGGAUUCUCAUAGCCGUCGCCAACAAUGUGACCACCUUACACGUGGCCAGAUUCCUUUCUGGUCUUGGAGCGGACGUAGCUUUCGUUGCCAUUCCCAUGUACAUAGCUGAGAUUGCGGAUCAAAAAAUUCGAGGACUUCUUGUGGCUUUCAUCUAUAUCAUGUUACUAAUUGGAAUUGUUAUCUGCUAUUCGGUGGCUCCUUUCGUCUCGAUCCUUGCGUCGUCUUCAGUGGGCGCUGCGUUCGUUAUUGCUCAAUUGAUAACUUUACCUUUCAUGCCGGAGACGCCCUACUACAACUUGCUGAAAGGCAAAGAGGAAGCGGCUGAAAAGUCGCUGAAAUGGCUGCGAAGGCGAAGCGACGUUAAAGAAGAACUGGAGGAGAUCAAAGCCGCCGUGGCGAGACAAUCGUCGGAGCGGGGGAAGUUCAAAGACAUCUUCAUAGUGCCCAGUAAUCGCAAAGCUCUUAUUAUCAUGACCGUGCUGAAUGCAUCACAGCAUCUCAGCAGUAUAAGUGUUAUGCUGAUGAACCUGCACACCAUUCUCGAAGAUGCCGAAGGAAUCAUAGAGAAGAACACCUCAGCCAUAAUUUUCGCAGUUAUCAUGCUCAUAGCUACUGUUUGCGCGGCAGGAAUUGUGGAUAAAUGCGGAAGGAAACUACUAUUAGUCUCCUCCAGUCUUAUUUCCUCCGUAGCUUUGGGAUCUCUAGCAGUUUACUUAACGUACAAGCAUUUUGGCUACGACGUUCUUCCGUACAAUUGGGUUCCCAUUGCUGCAGUCUUCAUUUACGCAGCUUCCUUCAGGAUGGGUUUAGGAUCCGUGCCGAUCGUCCUCACCGGAGAACUCUUCCCCACGAGUGUCAAAGCUAAAGGCAUGACUCUCUCCGAUUUCACAUACGUCUUCUUCGGAACUAUCACCAUCUACCUCUUCCAAAUUUUGGAAAAGAGCAUCGGCAUCUACGUAGCCUUCUACAUUUUCAGUAUUUCCUGCAUCCUUGCUGCCCUUUUCACAGUCUUCUUCGUCCCAGAAACCAAAGGAAAAACGCUAGAACAAAUCCAGUUAAUCCUCAAGGGACAACCGGAUGUAGUUGACCAAAAUGUUACCAAUCCGCAAAAUAUUACACAUAUUUAAAAUAAAUCCAGUUUUAUCCCAUUCACCUUCAUUUAAAUUUCGUAGA